GUGGGUCGAGAGCAGUGCGCAGUCGCAGUCGCGCCAUCUUUUAGUGAUGUCCGUCGCAGUGAAGUGAAGCGAAAGUCAGUGGAAAACGACGACAACCCGUGGGAAGCGAUGGCCGACAGAGCGACGGACGACGACUCGGAGGACGACAGACAACAGCCCCGGACGACGACCGGCGCCGAUAAGUACGCCCUCCACAGAGCCGUCUUCAACAACGACCUCAAACUCAUCGCUCAUUUGUUACGCAAUUACGACAUUCAACUCAAAGACAGUCACGGCAACUCUCCGCUGCAUUUGGCGGUAAUGUUGGGCCACAAGGAGUGCAUCCAACUGCUGAUUGCGCACUCGGCGCCCGUCAAGUGCAAGAACGCGCAGGGAUGGAGUCCUUUGGCCGAAGCCAUCAGUUAUGGCGACCGACAGACGAUCGCGUCUCUACUGCGCAAACUCAAGCGCCAGUCGCGCGAGACGAUGGAGUGUCGGCGCCCUAACCUCAUCCGCGCGCUCAACACAAUGCAGAACUUCAAAAUGCAACUCAAAUGGGAUUUCCAGUCGUGGGGUAAGCCUUGCUCUUAG